UACAUUAAGACCCUCACCAGUGUCAGUUAUUCACAAUCACUCACUAAGAUGGAGAGAUUAAGAGCUGUUCUCAUUGUGCUUAUGUUUUUACUUUUCCAUCAGACAAGAAUCUAUGGAGAAGAAGUGGAGAUGAAAGUCAGACCAGGAGACAACAUCACUCUCUACUGUGAUCGCUCUCUAACUUCUGGUUCCCUCAUUGUAUGGAUAAGAAACUGCUCUCAUGAAAAUCAACCCUCUCUCAUAAUAGAUUUUACGAAAUGGGGACUGCAAAUACUUAAGCGCUUCACCUCUAUCUACAACCGCUACAGUAAUUCUUUUGAUCUACAUAUUUCCAACAUCAGUGACUCUGAUCUGGGACUGUACUACUGUGCAGAACUACAGAGAAAGGUAAACAAAGAUGACAAAGGCAUCAUCUCCUCAUCAGAAGUGUAUUAUUAUGGAAACCGAACAACUCGUCUCUCUCUGGAAGAACAAGUGACUUCCUGUUCUGAACCCUCUACACCUCCUGACUGUGUGCUCUGCUGGACGAUGCUGUUCAGUGUGUGUCCGGUGUGUUUUCUCCUCUUCUCCAUCUGUUUGUUCUGCCUCUGUUGUAAGAAAACUACAGAUGCUGUGACAGAUCAAAAAGACGAGUUAAAAGGUAGAAAUACAGCUGAGUGCAUGGAUGAAGAGGUGUGUUAUGCAUCCUUGGACGUGAUCACCAAGAGACAAAAACAACGCAAGACAAAGCGAGUGCAGAGCUCUGACUUCAGUACUUAUGCUCAGGUCAGAACGGAAGCUGAAUAGACCUAAAAUAGAACUGAAAUGGAUUAUAGAACUUUUUAAAUAUUAGAAAAGUUGCAGGUUUUUAUUAUUAUGCAACUUCAUGAAAGUUAAUUAUAUGUAAUUGGAUACUUUAGAUUUUUUAUAAACUAAAACAAGUCUGAUUAGUCUGAUAUUUGGUACAGUACAAGUCUUUCCCUCUCUCUAAUAGAAUUACUUUAAAACAGUCUUUGUGGGCACACAGUGAUGACCUGAAUAACAAGAUGUAGAAGUGGGUUUCCUGUGUUAAGUGAUGUUUAGUUUGAUGUUUGUAUAUUUCUCUGAAACCGAAUGACUACAGCAUUUAUCUCACUAAAUUGUACAAUGAGCCAAUUUCCCCAAAACACACUCUAUGGUGAAUAGGUAGGUGUGGA